UUAAACUUGUGCUAGUUCGUUGGCGAUACUCGCGCGUGUGUUACGUCUUCAAGAACAAUUUUUAAUGUUGUGUCGAAAAUACCGGUAAAUUAUUUUAUCUGUAUUUUAAGUGUAUUUUUUUAAUAUGUUCAUAUAAUACAUAUGUUGGAAAUUUUUCUUGAAGAUGCUGCGGGAACUAGCAUAUAUCGGGAUAUUGCUCCUAAUAACUCCAAAUAUCACCUGUUUCGAGCCGCGCCCAGAAAUAGGUUACCCGGCAGGACUUAUCCCGGAAUGUCCUGGAGUGUUGAAAAAUGCGACUAUCAGCCCAAUAAUGAUGCCGAUGUUGAAGAUUACCGUCCACAGAAUGUCUGAGACGGGAGAGGUGACUAGGAAAGUGUUCCCUAUCCUGACCGCCCAUAAAACUAUACCAAAGGAGAAACAUAUUGACUUUAGAAAUAAGAAAACUGUUUUAUACGCUGUGGGAUUCUUGGACAGCUCAGUUUAUCCUCAGUCCCAAGCGGUAGGAACAGCGUACUCUAAACGUGGCUACAACGUUCUGAUCACAGAGACGUUUGCAUUUCUGACAUACAUAUAUCCAAAAUCAGUUCGACUGACGCGUACCAUUGGCAAGAAGGUUGGGGAAUUUUUAGUCAAAUUAACUGAAUAUGGUUUAACGGCUGACAAUCUAGAACUAGUUGGCGCUAGUCUUGGAGGGCACGUAGUUUCUCAUGCUGCUAAAUAUUUUUACGCUGCAACCGGUAAAAAGCCAGCAAGACUAACUGGAUUAGAUCCGGCUGGGCCAUGCUAUAGAGCGUUACCAGCAUCAGAACGACUUGAUAGAUCCGAUGCCCAAAGAGUUGAUGUGAUCCAUUCGAAUAUUGACGGCUUUGGUAUCGCAGAACCUCUUGGUCAUAUAGAUUUCUAUGCUAACGGUGGUGAAUUUCAACCGAGCGACAUACCCUACAUUCCAUGCCUUGUCAUUUGUAGCCAUGUCCGGGCUAUCAUCUAUUGGUGGCAAGCUAUUGAACAUCCUAAGAAAUUUAUUGGUGUGAAAUGUGACAACGUUCAAGAGGCUAGAUUUGCAAGAUGUUACAAUAACACGCAGAUCAAUUAUCUCGGUCUCUCAGCAGAUUUUUCGAGAACGGGAAUAUAUUAUUUGCCAACCGACAAUGAAUUUCCUUAUUUCAGAGGAAAGGAAGGACUGAAAGCUGAAAACGAAAUUUACAAAUCUACUAUAAGGAAGAUUAAUUCUGAUAGCAUGUUUGUCGUGUGAGUAACGCACAUGCCUACAGUUUAUGGUGAUACCUAUAGAAUUCCUUUUAUAGGAAAAUAUAGAAUAACCAGUAGGGUAUAAAAUAUUUGUAUCGCUAUGACGUAGAGUAAAUGCAAAGAAAUUCUAUUUAUGAUUUAAGGUUCAAUUAUAAUAUCGGACUCACAAAAAAGUCAUUGCAAUAAAAUUAGUAUAUACGUGCCAGUCUUAAAAUUAAAUAAUAAAUAUUACUCAACGAAAAGCUUCGGUGAUUUUGUGCUUCAAUAAAAUUUGUUUAAAAUUUUUUUCGUUAACGAAAACAUAAUGAAAAAGGAUCAAGAAGAAGGAAAUGAAAACAAAUUAAAUAUUAAUAAGUUUAAAGAAAAUUUAAACUGUGAUUAUUAGAUGAUUACGUUACUUGCAGAAUGAGUCUUAUGUAUCUGGUAUUAAGCAUUAUAAUUGUAGUGAGAUAAAGGGUGGGUAGGAAAUACUAUGUGUAUAGAAUUAUAUAAUUAAUAUGAAAAAGUAGAUAAUGAUCUUAUUAUUCUAGUCCAGUUUUCAAAGAAAACGUGUUUUUUUUUUAUAAUGAAAUUAAAAUUUAUGUAAUAAGUUCUA